AUGUGCGAGUUUCACGGCAGAUGGCGACGACUUUGGCAUCAGGCCCUGUCAGAGAAGGAAGCGUUGAAAGACAAACUUCAGGCGAUGGGGGAGGUGAUCAUCGGGUGGGUUCAGAUUGGCAUCUGGAACAUUUUUCAAAGGACCAGGGUCUGGGAAGGCAAAGGUCUGGUAUUGACUUUAGGUGGUGGGGACGCCAUACCUUGCACGGCUUCUUGGAAGGCUGCAGCAAGUUCUUCCCGAGCCAAACAGGACUCGGAGAGUGACUCCAAGAUAAAGGCGCAAGAAGCCAAGAUUGAGGUGACAUGGGCUGAGGGGAUGGCUAUUGGUGAGUUGCAAAAGAAGCUGGAGGAAACUCAAGAUCAGCUGGACCAGGCGCAGGGUGACCUGGAGCAGGAACAGCUGGAUGCAGCGGAGGCCCUGGUCUCGGCAGGGGAGGACCUGAAUCAGUUGGAGCAGAGGACGGAUAGUCAAAAUCGACACCUGGAGGCGCAACUGGCUGAGAUGGUGGAGUUCAACGCCUCGGCAGAGGAAACGGUGGAUCUUCUCACCCAGGAGUUGGAAGAAUUGAAGGCAUCCACUGCAGAGCAGCUCGCAGAAAGUGAAAACCGGAGGAAAGAGCUGGAGUUCCACCUUGAGGACACGGAGCAGCGCCUGGCUCGGGCACAGGACGAUCUGUCGCAGCGUUCCUUGGAUGCGGCCGAAGCCUUGACGGAGCUGGGGGAGGAGCUGGCGAAGGCGCAAGCACAAUCACAGGCAUCUGAAGCAGAGCUUUUCCGCUUGCGUUCUUUGCUCGAAGACACCUCCGAGACCAGCGAGCCUUUGGGGCCUUUGUUGAUUUUGCCUGAGGAUCGGAUGCUCUCGCCCAAGUCGGUGGCUGCAACCAUCCACACAUCUGAAGGCAGCCCCUCGCCCUAG